AUGGGGAAGCCGGCGAAGAAGGGAUGCGACUGGAAGCGCUUCCUGAGGAAUAAUUGGCUGCUACUCUCCACCGUGGCUGCGGUGGUGCUAGGGAUUGCCAUAGGCCUUUUGGUUCGAGAACACAGCAAGCUCUCUAACCUGGAGAAAUUCUACUUUUCCUUUCCUGGAGAAAUUCUAAUGAGAAUGCUGAAACUCAUCAUUUUACCAUUAAUUGUAUCCAGCAUGAUUACAGGUGUUGCUGCACUGGAUUCCAACAUAUCUGGAAAAAUUGGUCUACGUGCUGUCUUCUAUUAUUUCUGUACCACUGUCAUUGCUGUAAUUUUAGGUAUCGUGCUGGUGGUGAGCAUCAAGCCUGGUAUCUCCCAGAAAGUGAAUGAAAUUGACAGGACAGGCAGCAGCCCUGAAGUCAGUUCAGUGGAUGCCAUGUUAGACCUGAUCAGGAAUAUGUUCCCUGAGAACCUUGUCCAAGCCUGUUUUCAGCUGUACAAAACCACACGUGAAGAAGUGAAACAUCCCGAUGAGCCAGGGACAAACACAACGGAGGCGUCUGUCACAGCCAUCAUGACAACUAUUUCCAAGAACAAAACAAAGGAAUACAAGAUCAUAGGCAUGUAUUCAGACGGCAUAAAUGUCCUGGGCUUGAUUGUCUUUUGCCUUGUCUUUGGAAUUGUCAUUGGAAAAAUGGGAGAAAGGGGACAGAUUCUGGUGGAUUUCUUCAGUGCUCUGAGUGAUGCAACCAUGAAAAUCGUUCAAAUCAUUAUGUGCUACAUGCCGGUUGGUAUUUUGUUCCUGAUUGCCGGAAAGAUCAUGGAAGUCGAAGACUGGCAAAUAUUCCGCAAGCUGGGCCUUUACAUGGCCACUGUCCUGAGUGGGCUUGCAAUCCACUCCAUUGUAAUUCUCCCACUGAUGUAUUUUGUAAUUGUACGAAAGAACCCUUUCCGAUUUGCCCUGGGAAUGGCCCAGGCUCUUCUGACAGCUCUCAUGAUCUCCUCCAGUUCAGCAACACUGCCAGUCACUUUCCGCUGUGCUGAAGAGAAGAACCGGGUCGACAAGAGGAUCACUAGAUUUGUGUUACCCAUUGGUGCUACAAUCAACAUGGAUGGGACUGCACUCUAUGAAGCAGUGGCAGCUGUGUUUAUUGCACAGUUGAAUGACUUGGACUUGAGCAUUGGGCAGAUUGUCACUAUCAGUGUCACGGCCACAGCCGCCAGCAUCGGAGCUGCCGGUGUGCCCCAGGCCGGCCUGGUGACCAUGGUGAUCGUGCUGAGUGCCGUGGGCCUGCCCACUGAGGAUGUCACUCUCAUCAUCGCUGUCGACUGGUUCCUGGAUCGGUUCAGGACCAUGGUGAAUGUCCUCGGCGAUGCAUUCGGGACUGGCAUCGUGGAGAAGCUCUCUAAGAAGGAGCUGGAGCAGAUGGAUGUUUCAUCUGAGGUCAACAUCGUGAACCCCUUUGCCUUGGAAUCCACAACACUCGACAAUGAAGACUUGGACACCAAGAAGUCCUAUGUCAACGGAGGCUUUGCUGUCGACAAGUCCGACACCAUCUCAUUCACCCAGACCUCACAGUUCUAG